CUCGAGGCCCAUUGUGGCUCUGUGUGGCCGUUUCCGAAGGCGUUUUGCAGCGAACACAAAGGGAAGCGGUUCCGUUGUCCGUGACGUGUGUCGGAAGCGCGUGUCCGCUCGCAUCUUGCCCCAGGGCGACGUGCGUGGGAGCGAUUGAAGCGGGGCGCUGAGUUGGUAGUCUUCCACGUUCCGCUGCGUGCGUGCGGCGGGCGGGAGGAGGGCGUGGGGCGCGCAGUCGCUGGCAGGUUGCUGGAGAACGCCGUUGCGGCCGCUCUGCCCGUGAGGAGUAUGAAGGUUCCUGCGCAGAGGCGGUCCACGGAUUAACAGCCGUCAGCAGUCGCCUCCCGCAAGUUUACGUCACACAGACACAAUGAUUAACGCGGACUACACGCUGGAGUUGUGCAAUGUCUUCCACACGGGGGUGGUGGAGCCUGGCACCUGCUUCCAGAGGAUGAUGGGGAAUGUAAAAACAGGCAUCAUAUUAAAGGAUGUUUCUCUGGAGGUGCAUGGAGGUGAAGUCCUUGCAGUUCUCGGCUCCAAAGGGUCGGGCAAGCGGGCGCUGCUGGAGGUGGUGGCGCGGCGCGCGCAGGGCCCCACGCGCGGCCAGCUGCUGCUCAACGGCGCGCCCAUGACGCUGCGCCUCUUCCAGCAGUCGUGCGGCUACGUGACGCACAAGUGCGACCUGCUGCCGGGGCUGAGCGUGGAGCAGACGCUGUACCACGCGGCGCAGCUCGCGCUCGGCACCAAGGUGUCGCGCCACCUCAAGCGCUCGCGCGUGCGCCAGGUGAUGGCCGACCUGGCGCUGUCGCAGGUGGCCAACCGCGCCACCGAGCAGCUCACCCAGAGCGAGUACCGCCGCCUGGCCAUCGGCGUGCAGCUGGUGCGCGACCCGGUAAUCCUCCUGCUUGACGAGCCGACGUGGGACUUGGACCCUCUGAACACCUACCUCGUGGUGUCCAUUCUUUCGAACCAUGCGCGCAAGUACGGGCGCGCAGUCGUGCUCACAAUGGAAAAGCCUCGGUCGGACGUCUUCCCGUUCUUGGAUCGCGUGACCUACCUGUGCCUGGGCGAGGUGGUGUACACCGGAGGCACGCGCCUCAUGCUCGACUACUUCCGAAGCAUCGGGUUCCCUUGCCCGGAGCUCGAGAACCCUCUCAUGUACUACCUUUGCCUUUCAACAGUUGAUCGACGAUCAAGAGAACGCUUCAUUGAAUCUAAUCACCAAAUUGCUGCCCUUGUUGAAAAGUUCAAAAUGGAAGGGGGUCCUUUCCGCAAAACUUCUGCAAUACUGUCUGGUCGUACUGUUGUGGAUCCUCCAGAUCCAUUACAUGCUGGAGGAGCAAUAGGAUCAAAUAAAGUUCCAUUAUCAGCAUUUGGAAGACCUGGAGCAUUUCAUGUGUCUCUUACCCUUUUCUUGAGAAGCUGGGCAACAAUGUUUAACUUACGAACUUUUGGAUUAAUGCAAAUAUCUCUGCGAUUACUAGCACAUCCAUUCUUUCAUUUGUUGCUGUGGAUCUUCUUCAGGGGAAUGGAGAAUUAUCAGCGGACUUUCAUGUCAAGAAAUGGUCUCAUUUUUAAUUGUUUGGCUGGAUCAUACUUUAUUCCAAUCAUUACAACAGUUUGUAUAUUUCCUUCACAUCGGACUCGCUAUUAUCAGGAAGCACAAGAAGGAUUAUACAGUGGACCGCUCUUUAUUCUAAGUUACCUGUUGUUUUCAUUGCCAUUUUCUCUUAUAUCAAUGGCAGCUGCUUCCCGGAUAACCUUUGAACUAACAGGUUUACAAGAUCCAGUGGAAUGGUUGAAGUUUGGUGGGAUUCUUUGGGCUUGCCAUUUGAUGGCAGAACAACUCACAAUUGCUCUCUUGAUGGUGGUGAAAAGCUCGUUCACUGCAGCUGUAACGAGUAUCUACAUUCAUAUAGUGAUUUUACUUCUGGGAAGUGGCACAUUAAGAUCUAUCCGAGGUUUACUAGAGUGGCUAUAUUACUUAACGUAUGCCACACAGUCACGUUACGCAGGUGCAACUUUAGCACAACAAAUGUUUGAUAAACGUUUUGUGACAUUGCCAAAGGAUGUCUUUCAUAACUGUACAUCUGCUUUUCAAGGACCAUCAGAUUUGAUAACCGGUACAUCACCAUCAUUUGGGUGUCGAUAUGCGAAUGGAAAUGCAUUUCUUAUAGAACGAUAUGGAAGAGAAGAUGCAGAUGACUCUCUCACUGAAUUCUUAGAUUUUAACUUAAAUUUUGGAAUCACAUUUGCUUUUUCAGUUGGCUUCAUUUUAUUUAAUUGUUUGUUGUAUGUUGUACCCUUGCCUGCAGCAGUAAAAGCUAAGUUCAGAGAGUAAAAGUAAAUGUAAUUCAUCAAAAUGUGAAUAAAGAAUUUGUAUUUGUGUGUUAAACAACAAUUUUAAUUUAGUGUUACUCAAAUUAUUGUGAUGAAAACUUUACUAAAUAUUUCUUGAGAGCUACAUUAAUUUUCAUGAUGCAACAAGUUACUUCCUCUAACUAUUUCACCUUGGAUCUACACACUUUGUAGAUCAUUGGUGUGGUUGUGUCUAUUAUGCUAAUAAAACUGAUGAUAAGUUACAUUACGAUGUAUAUUAAAUCUAAUAUAUUCUUUAGUUUUAAAUUCUUGUUAUAAUUAUUUUACUCUGAC